AUUUCAUCACAUCACUUUGCAAAGUUUGAGUUCUCCCUUUUCCUUUAACCUAGUUAUCACCACUGAAAUUCAAUCACGCCGUCUUCACCAUCCCUCCGCCGCGAACGCACCGAUUUCGCCGGCGGUUAACUACUUACGCUCUUUCUUCUACUUAUUUUUUUUGAACUAAUCGAAGAUGACUCGUGGCAUAAAACAUCGCCAAAAGGCAAAGAGCAAGACCAAGAAACGGAGUGAAUCAUCUUCUUCAGCGCCACAGGUUCCAGUUAAAGUGUGGCAACCUGGCGUGGACAAAUUGGAAGAAGAUGAAGAGCUUCAGUGUGAUCCUUCUGCUUACAACUCUCUUCAUGCUUUUCAUAUUGGAUGGCCUUGUCUUAGCUUUGAUAUUUUACGUGACACCCUGGGCUUAGUUCGAACAGAAUUUCCGCACACGGUGUAUUUCAUGGCAGGAACACAGGCUGAGAAACCUUCUUGGAAUUCUAUUGGGAUUUUUAAAGUAUCCAAUAUUUCUGGGAAGCGACGUGAGCUGGUGCCUAAACGUGAAACUGAUGACUCUGGAAUGGAUGAUGAGGAUAGUGACAGCGAGGAUGAUAGUGAUGAUGAAGAAGAAGGUGGUGCCACGGGUCCGACUUUGCAGUUGCGGAAGGUAACUCACGAGGGCUGUAUCAACCGGAUACGCGCCAUGGCACAAAAUCCUCAUAUAUGUGCAACUUGGGCAGAAUCUGGUCACGUACAGAUCUGGGACAUGAGCUCCCAUCUCAAUGCUCUAGCAGAGACAGAAUCGGAAGGUGUCCAAGGAGUUGAUGUAGUUCAGGCUCCACUACAAAAAUUUAAGCACAAAAAUGAAGGCUAUGCUAUAGACUGGAGUCCUCUUGUUCCAGGAAGGCUUAUAUCUGGGGAUUGCAACAAUAGUAUUUAUCUUUGGGAGCCUACAUCUGCUGCAACAUGGAAUAUUGACACAACUCCUUUUACUGGACAUACCGGUAGUGUUGAAGAUCUGCAAUGGAGCCCUACAGAACCUAAUGUUUUUGCUUCUUGUUCUGUUGACAAAACCAUUGCAAUAUGGGAUACUCGUGGGAGGUCACCAGCUGCGUCUUUUAAAGCACAUAAUGCUGAUGUGAAUGUAUUGUCAUGGAACAGGUAUUAUAGCAUUGACUUUUUGUGCUCCAUCAUCUCAAUUUCCAUCAUAUAUCUCUUCAUGAUGUUGUAUUUUAUUGUACCGAGUAGGUUGGCUAGUUGUAUGUUGGCGUCGGGCAGUGAUGAUGGAACUAUAUCUAUUCGUGAUCUCAGAUUGCUUAAGGAAGGAGAUUCUGUGGUAGCUCAUUUUGAAUACCAUAAGAAUCCAAUCACAUCCAUUGAGUGGAGUCCACACGAAGCUUCUUCACUAGCUGUUUCAUCCUCUGAUAAUCAACUUACAAUAUGGGACCUUUCUUUAGAAAAGGACGAGGAAGAGGAGGCUGAAUUUAAAGCUAAAACCCAAGAACAUGUAAAAGCUCCUGAAGAUCUGCCUCCCCAACUAUUGUUUAUUCACCAGGGGCAAAAAGACCCCAAAGAACUGCACUGGCACACACAGAUUCCUGGAAUGAUAGUAUCUACUGCAGCAGAUGGAUUCAAUGUCCUCAUGCCUUCGAAUAUUCAGAGCACACUGCCAUCAGAUGGUGCUUGAUACGGGGCCCUGUUCAGUUUUCAAGCAUGUUACAAGGGAUAUUAUCAUUAUUUAUGCAAACCUUGCGGUGCAAGCAUCCUGAAUCUGAUGUUAUGGUUUGCUGUUAUAGUUUGGAUAUGGUGUUUCACGGAUAUUAUCAUUAUUUAUGCAAACCCACCUAUAGGUAUUGCUGUUAUAGUUUGGAUACGGUGUUUCGCGGUGCAAGCAGCCUGAAUCUAAUGUUAUGUCAAAGAAAUUUUACUUUUGUGCUUUAUUAAUUUCCUUAGCUGCUUGUGCCAAGUUUUGUAACGAGUUGAGUGUCUUCAGAUGGUGGUGGAAGCUAUAAGCAUAGAUAUUAUCAUUAUUUAUGCAAACCUUGCUUUCAUUAUGUAUCUUUUUUUAUUAAUAGUUUCUUGUUGAUGUUAGAUGAGUACUAGUGAGCAUAUAUUUGAAAGUAAAUUGAAAGUAUUUCUUUCUA